AUGACCCUUCUGCCCCUUCCCAAUACGGCAUCUGAAACUAGACCCGCAGUGGAAGUGCCUGUGCCCGGCUCUGUGGUGCCUGGCGAGUUCCUGUUCAAGCUUAUCUCCGUGUCGUACCGUGAGGCCGCGUUGGACCUGCCAUCGUUCCGCGCGUCCGUCAACCACUUGGACACGCAGUUGCUGCAGACCGAGGACUGGUUCAUGGCCUUGGCCGACCUGUUCUUGAAAGUGCCGCAGAAGAUCGAGGAGUUCCGCUCCGUGUUUGCCAUCUUGGACCACUUGGUGCCUUCGUUCGUCCAGGACAACGUGCUCGACCAGGAGUAUAGCAUGGCUAUGUUCCAGCACUCGAGAAAAACGCUCCGCGAGCUCUGGGCCAUGGCGUUCUCGGUGUUUCGCAUAAACACGGCCACCAUCGAGCAGCGUAAGGCGGACUUUUCGCAGCACGUGCUGCGCUUCCGCCGGCUCAAGCGGGAUUUUGUACGUUGCCAGAAAAAAUAUGACCACUACUACCACACGCACAUGGGCACGCCCAAGUACAAGGAGCCUGCGCUUCUAUAUGAGGACCUGCGCCAGCUCGCGGGCGUGCGGCGCGAGUACAUGCUGCUCAGCGUGGAACUUGUGGCCGCCACACACUCCGUCACAGAGCAGAUCAACGGCACCAUUCUCUCGCUCAAUGAGCUUUUUUGGCGCGUCAAAACCGAGCACUUGACCGGCAGUUUCCUUGACGCGGCGCAGCUUGCGGACGUUUGGCGCACCGUGGUCCGCUUGCGUGCGUGGCAUGAGGCGUGUGUAGCUGCCAAUGGUAUGUUGGAUGCGCAGUUGGCCACAGCACGCCGACAGGUCGAGGCGCAAGUGGCCGCCUCGUGCCUGCCUGCGGAGUCCGAAACCGACUACCGGCCCGACUUGCUCAACGGCCGCGUGCUCCGCGACAUCGACGAGCCGGCUGCUGAGAAGCACGGCUAUGUGUGCAUGAAGACGCAGCCCGACCGCCAGGCGCGGCCUGUGUGGCUCCGCCGCUGGGCGUACAUCCGAAACGGUGUACUCGGCUUCCUCGUGCUCGCGCCCAAUGGGGAAGCCGUCCAAGAGUCUGACCGCAUAGGCGUACUUCUCUGUAGUGUCAGGCACACCCCCAACGAGGACCGUCACUUUUGCUUCGAGGUCAAGACCAUCGACUCCACCUGGGUGCUUCAGGCAGAGACUCUCCAUGAGCUCAAGUCGUGGCUCCGCGUGCUCGAGAACGCGCAGCGCCGCGUGGUGGACCCAGAUGACGCCAUGCACACGUAUCUUGCCGCCGCCAGCCGCCGCCUGGCGCCGCCCAUUACCGAGUUCCUGUCGCCCGAGCUCUCCAGUCACGGCUCGGCGCUGCCGCGCCGCCUCGCGCGCCUCUUGGAGCGUAACGCGGCAUUCUUUGAUAAGAACGUUCUCGGCUCCGUCGGCCGUGUCAACCUCCCGGUGGUGACCGCGGCCACCAAGAUGGCGCUAGUCGCCAGCAGCGUGGCCGCAGGGCCAUACGAUCCUCCCCCUGGCGCGGACGCCAACCUCUGCGGCUCCGUGAGUUGGGCGCUCCGGGCCACGGCGCAAGUUUCAGCGCGGCCCGUUGUGGUGGAGCCAUUGCAGCCAUCCCAGACCAGGCAAGUGGGCUCCGGCAUGCGGCUCCCAAAGAACUUUCCUGAUGCGUGGGUAGCCCGUGACUUGCAGAUGCGAGCGCUCUUUGGCGAAGCUGUUGGGCCGCACGAACACUGUCUUGUGGCUUACAACUGCUUGGUGGUACCCAACGACAGCCACGAACUUCGCGCCACGCACUACGUAACGCAGGCCCACUUGUACUCGUACGUGCACACACGGGGCUUCGUGGCUAUGACCAAGAUCCCGCUCAACCGCUUCGUACAGGUCUCUUGCGAGCAAUCCACCAAGCACGACACACUCCGCUUGGUCUUGGUGCAUGGCGUGCUCGUUUUGCGCCUGUAUUUCGACGACGGCGUGCUCCUCGCGCGCAAGUUAAACUUUCUCUUCCAGAAUUUAGCGCGCAGUGUGCCUUUGACAACCCUCGACGUGAUUGCCGAGGUGGCAGCUAUCGAUGCUGCCCAUCAGGCCGCUGCCGUGCAGCCUCAUGACGCGCCCGCAGCUAUACCGCCUCACUUUGCCUUCGUGGCCGGAGGCCUGCCCCUGCCGGGCAGCUUUCAGGAGGCAGCGUCCUUUGCCAAUGAACUCCCACUCAUGGCCCAGAAAACCGUGCCCUUGCCACCCAAGGCCGUGUUUCACGUGUUGUGUGGUGCUGAGUCUGAGAUUUUGAAUGUGCUCACAGCCAUGGUCGAGGUUCAGUUUAGUGAGCGCAGUCCCUGGAAACAGGCGCCGAACGGCCAGCCCGGCUUGAUGCGAGACAAUCGCUCUGCGUUCCGCUUGCCCUCGGGACAGCAGGGCAGCAUCACUGUCUCCCAGCAUAUCGAGGUGCAAGCGGAUAACGAAUUCUACAGUAUCAAAGUCACCAAGUCUGCGUUGAAGGUUUUCUGUGGGCCGCGGCUUCGGUUUGAAGCUCGCAUCACCAUCCACAAAAUGGAGGCCGAGCGCGCCGUUGUGCGUAUAUAUGGCCGGCCAAUCAUUGACGAAGCGCCCUUGAAGAGUUUUGUGGCCAGCCGUCUGUGCAAUAUGUUCGUACGCGGCUUCACGGCGCACGUAUUCCGCGAACUCGAUGUGGCAUGCGCCAUCAUUGGCCAAAAGGGUCGUGUCCUCAAAGCCGUAUACUUCUAUGGCAAAAUAGUUGUUGCCGACGAGCGCUACGAGCCAGUGGUCUUGGAUCCAGUUCCCAUCGGCCGCUACGGGCUCAUCAGUGUUUGCCUGAAAAUCAUGGUGGCUAACGCUUUCCGCACGCUUGCGGCCUGGGGUCUCGUGGCGGGCGGCAUGGCCCGCCGGAUGCUCCACGCGCUCUCCCUUCACGCAGUGCUCAUUGCAAUUGUAUUGCUAUUGACGCUAUCUAAUAUGUACCUCGGUGCGGUCAGCGCCCGCAACUACUGGACAUCUCGCCAAUCGCGCAUUCUUGCCCACGAUCUCUUGAGCAUGGAGCCCAUGCAAAUCCACCGCGCCGUAUACUUACAGGACAUUCAGGACCUUGUAAGCGAGGACUUGGCCCUCCAGAGCGACUCCGCGUGCUUCCAGACCUUCCGCAAUCAAUCCGUGGUGUUGAACUUUCACGGAUUCACGGGCUGGAAUGACGUCUUUCAGGACACGCCCAUUGCUGUAAAACGGCAGCGCUUAUCCGAGCGCUUGCGCGACAUUGCGUCUAAACGAAACGACUUGCUUGUGAGCUUGAGGUUGCUUCACAAUCUAGAGGAAGAAGAGGCCAGGGCCGAGUGGCGCGACUGGCUCAUGGACGAGUUGGAUACGUGCAGUCAAAUCAGCAGCUUGAACCUCCUGAAACAGGCCGGUGCCGCUGGGGACGGGCUUAGAAUGAAGUCACUCGGCGACUACUGUGACAGCUGCGCCUUGGAAUUGUCUGCUAUCCCCGCGUCUGUGUAG